GAAGUCGAUGAUGAUCAUACAUAUAUCUUAGCUACAGAUGCCGACAUGGAUUUCGAAGAUGAUGCCGUUCUGGAGUUACUACACAUGUGCAAUAGCGACCAUCGUCUGGGAGGCGCAUGUGGAAGAACCCAUCCCAUGGGGAAAAAUUGUAGCUCCAUCGUCUGGCAUCAGAUCUUUGAAUACGCUAAAGAUUUUUGGAUGAUUAAGAAUGCCCAGAAUGUGAUAGGAUCGGUGAUGUGUGCCCCAGGAUGUUUCAGUCUGUACAGAGUUAGUGCUAUU